AUUCGUUCUCUGUCAGAGGCAGACUCACCGCAAUGAUCAAGAAAAUGUGCCCCGGGGAGACCGAGCUGAACAUCCCCCCCAAGAACUGUUACCGAAUGGUCAUCCUGGGCUCCUCCAAGGUGGGCAAAACCUCCAUCGUGUCCCGCUUCCUGAGCGGCCGAUUUGAGGAGCAAUACACCCCGACCAUCGAGGAUUUCCACCGAAAGUUCUACAGCAUCCGGGGGGAGGUGUACCAGCUGGAUAUCUUAGAUACUUCGGGCAACCACCCCUUCCCGGCCAUGAGAAGGCUCUCCAUCCUCACCGGUGAUGUGUUUAUCUUGGUCUUCAGCCUGGACAACAGGGACUCCUUUGAGGAGGUGCAGCGGCUGAAGCAGCAGAUCAUUGAGACCAAGUCCUGUCUCAAGAACAAAACCAAGGAGAAUGUGGAUGUUCCCAUCGUUAUCUGUGGGAAUAAAGUGGACCGGGACUUCUACAGGGAGGUGCAACCUCAUGAGAUUGAGCAGCUGGUUGGGGAGGACAGUAAAUGUUCUUACUUUGAGGUAUCGGCCAAGAAGAACUCCAGCCUGGAUGAGAUGUUCAAGGCUCUGUUCACCAUGGCCAAGCUGCCCAGUGAGAUGAGCCCAGACUUGCACCGUAAAGUGUCUGUCCAAUACUGCGAGAUCUUGCACAAGAAGUCCCUGAAGGGCAAGAAAGUCAAGGAGGAUGGGGACGCCUAUGGCAUUGUGGCCCCCUUUGCCCGCAGACCCAGCAUCCACAGUGACUUAAUGUACAUUAGAGCCAAGGCCGUAGGAGGCGGCCAGAGUAAAGACAAAGAGAGGUGUGUGAUCAGCUAGGGCUUGGGCAGGUCUGGCACCGGUGCCUUUAUAAAUAUAUACAUAGAGAAACAGAAAAGACCGUGGCGUUUUUGAAAGAAGCCAAAGCCGAGAUGGCAUGACCGUUGAGGGGGUUCCACUUGCCCCUCCGUGCCUUCUGAUGGUUAGUCAGGCUGCUGAGGAAAGGAGAAGCCUGAUGGGGCAGACGUUGUUGGACAGUUUGGAAGUGGCCAUGAAGCUGGCCAGGAGCUUUACAGUCAUGUGACUGCUGGAGUGGACAAUCUGUACUUUGAGAAAACUCUCUGAUCUGUUGAACCUCCCGAACUGGGUGCAACUCUGGACUGAGUGUGGGGGGAGGAGGAGGGAUGUUAAUAACUGUAUCAGGACUGAAAAGGAAAAGUGAUUUGUUUACAUGGUGCCAUUGUGCCAUCAAUCAGAGUAUUGGAUGAGAACAAAUCCAAAGUGUUUAGAUACUUUGUGCUUUAUUUCCAGUGUCUUUAUUUUUCUACUUAAUAAAAAAACAUAAAAUCAA